AGAGCCAUAGGGCAAACAGGAGUUCGUUGGCCAGCCAGCAGUGGCAGUGUGGCACCACCAUCACUCCAGAGACGAUGGCAUCAUCGCUCCCUGUGACUGGGAGCAACAGCAGCCAGGACCUGCUCCAAGCUCAAGUCGACCUCUGGCACCAGGUGGGCAGGUACGCCACGUCGGCCGCGCUCGGAGUCGCCAUGGACCUCGGCGUCGCCGACGCCAUCCACCACCGCGGCGGCAGCGCCACGCUCCCCGAGAUCCUCGCCGGGGUCGGGAUCCACCCGUGCAAGCUCCGCGCCCUGCGCCGCCUCAUGCGCGUGCUCGCCGUCUCGGGCACCUUCAGCGCGUCCUCAGACGGGCACGGCGACGCCGUCGUCUACAGGAUGACGCCGGCCUCCUGCCUCCUCGUCAGCGGCGGCGAGAGCCCGGCGGCGACGGGCCUGGCGCCGCUCGUGGGCCUCAACCUCUACCCCAUCCUCGUCUCCCCGUUCGUCAAGGGGAUGAUCGCAUGGUUCCGGCAGGACAAGCCGGGACCAUCCCCGUUCGCCGUGGCGUAUGGCGAGAUGAUCUGGGAGCGCACCGACCACGACGCCGGCCUCAACGAGCGGGUGAACAAGGCGCUCGCCGCGGACACCCGCUUCCUCAUGCCCAUCUUCCUCAAGGAGUGCGGCGAGGUGUUUGAUGGGGUGGACUCUCUGGUCGACGUCGGCGGCGGGCUCGGCCGAGCAGCGGCUGCCAUCGCCGCGGCAUUCCCGCGUAUCAAGUGUAGCGUGCUGGAUCUCCCCCAAGUUGUCGCUGACGCUCCCUCUGACAACAACGUGGAGUACGUCCCGGGUGACAUGUUUGAGAGCAUUCCACCGGCAAAAGUUAUUUUUCUCAAGAUGAUUCUACAUGAUUGGGGUGAUGAGGAGUGUGUCAAUAUACUGAAGAAAUGCAAGCAAGCUGUCGCUCCGCGGGAGGAGGGAGGAAAGAUAGUAAUAAUAGACAUGGUGCUCGGACAUGGGCCACAACACAUUAAGCUGAAAGAGGCACAAGUGUUUUUUGAUUUCCACAUCAUGUUUAUCAACGGGGCUGAGCGUGACGAGCAGGAGUGGAAGGAUAUCUUCUCUACAGCAGGAUUCACGGACUACAAAAUUGUGUCGGUUCUUGGGCUCAUGUCGGUCAUCGAACUCUACCCCUAAAUAUACUUGGUGAACACACACCGGCCCUCACCGAAUAAUCUUUUCUGGGGGAACUGUGGAUGUAGUACUAGUUAGCUAGAUAGCUGGUGCUGUGGACAUACACUAUUUGAGUGUGCGUGUAAGCCGAGUAAUGGUGUAUCGACAGUGUGAUGCCCAUCUGUCACUGUCGGUUUGCAUUGCUGCUUGGUUAGUAGUAGUAUUACUUCUUCCAUGCGUUGCAUUGAAGAGUCGUGCAUGUAAAACUGGACGGUGUUGUGAUGUUUGAACUAUCUGCAUCUGAUUUCUUUCCUCA